AACUAUGCAUCGUAGCGCAUUGUGGUUUGCGGCAAAUGGCAUUGACAUUACUAGAUUUUCCGCUGAAUGACGUUCCGCUCAGUCGCUACAUGCCAACAAGUUGAGGGAGCGGACGCCAUAUUUAGUAGCGGUUUUUACUUAUGCUACCUCGCUACCUGAGCGGAAAGUGUUACCAAUCAACAUCAUGGCUCAACAUCAAGUCAUGGCGACUUGUAGUGAAAAAGGAGAUACUUUUAUUGAAAAAGUAUACGAAUACAAAAAUAAAUUUUACCGCGUAAUAGAAAGUGCAGAGUUUCAUAACCGUCUUGCAUCAAAUCCAAAUUUAAUGGAGAUCUUUUUCAAUAAUUGUGAUACACAAGUCAGUGAAGAGACUGCUGUAGCAACGACGGAAAAUGAAACAACAGAUGCUAACAAAGAAAAUUUUUACUGGAACAACCAAAAUACAAAACUCUUAUUGCAUUUAUACCAAGAACGCAAAGAAAAAUUUAGAGAUCCCAAAGUAAAAAAAAAAUCCUUGUAGACUGAAA